CGAGGAAUAUUCGAAAACCGAGAACAGAAAUUCUUUGCUUGCUCUGAAUAUUAAUUGCUCUAAAUCGCAUGUGAAUCGUUUAAUUUUGUUUUGCAUGUAAUCACUUUUUUCAGACAAAGAGGCAUUUUUGAGUAAGUAGACCAAAUUGUGGCCAAAAUCCCGAAAUCUUAACCAACUAGAAUAUCGUCACUAACUGAAAACAUAUUUUGAUCCCUGGAACUUUAUUUGAAACAUUUUGUUAGAUAAAUGUUAAUGAUUAAUAAAAUAUUUGUAGCAUUUAUUUCAUGUAUACUUUGGUGCUGGAUAAAUUUCUCUCAAUGUGAAAUAAUGAAUAAGUAUUGUAGUUUGGGAUUCUGUAAUAACUCCAAGCAACACAUAAUGUGUAAAUUUCAGUCUCCAAGUCCCGCAGGCGACUGUUUAAACUAUGGAAAAUUAAUCAGUAACAGAAAGGAAAAACAGAAUGUCUUAGACAGAAUAAACAAUCGAAGAAAUAAAGUUGCGUCAGGCGAGAUUCGUUCAUUGCCCCCUGCAGAGAAUAUGCUAAAAUUGGAAUGGAGCGACGAAUUAGAAGUCUUUGCGCAAAGGUUGGCAGAUCAGUGUAUGAGCGAUGUCUCUCGUCUAACUGAUUGGUGUCACGAUUUGGAUAACACUUCCGUGGGUCAAGCCAUCGGCACGAUCUAUGGCGAAGCGCCUGGACUAACGGCCCCAACGCUUGUAGAUUUGUGGUACAUGGAAUUGCUCAACAUUAAUGCGACCUACUUGCCUCGAUAUACACCAUCGUCAUUGACUCCUUUGCCGCAUUUGGAUUAUUUUACACAGCUAAUAUGGGCGGAAUCUUCACAGGUUGGCUGUGGAGGUGUCAAAUUUAAGGAAAUAAACAUGGAUUCAAACGAGAAGACAAAUAGGACCGUAUAUAGAUUAAUUUGUAACUUUGCACCAAGUGGUAACAUCAUAGGACAAGCUGUUUACAAUGACGGCGUGCCCUGCUCCCGAUGCCCUUACGGUGGUCAUUGCGAUUCAGAAUACAAAUAUUUAUGCUCUUCAUAUCUGCAUACAACCGUUACGAAGCAUAAUGAUAACAUUCAAUUAACCAAAGAAUAUAAAAAUAAUAUUUCUAAUCGAGUUAAUUUUAAUAACUUCGCUAAAGUACUAACUAAGGAAGCCAAGAGUACUGAAAUAACAGAAAAUUAUAACUUAAAUGAGAAUCGAAAUAUAACAACGCCAGAUUUGAUCGCUGAUAACGACACUAAUUUUGAUAUAUUAUCUCAUUUAUUUGAUGUUACAUCGAUUCAUCCAUCCAAUUUAAAACCAACAACUAUGUCAUGCAAAGAUGUCUUGGCAGUUGACGAGUUUAUAGAGUUAUUGAAAAACAAAUUGAACAGUGAUCAGUCAUUAAAAGAUUUAUUAAUAUCAGCUUCUAAUGCCUCAACUCCAGAUCCUAGUUUUACUGACAUAACUGUGGCUGCCAUUAUUAAUCAACUUUAUAGUAAAAAAGUAACAACUACAAUAAGUAAAUCAACACACGAAGAGAAUAUAAACUCAACUCUACUCGCUGAUUUAGUAGAAGCCGUUAUCUUCAGACACAGUGAUAAAUUCUCUACUACUGAAAGUACAAGUCUACAUUCACAAAUUGCUCCCAAUGUCAGCCCUAUUAAAAUACAAGCGGAGCUUGCUGAAAUCCAGGAAAAUACCGAAUUCACUGGUCAUUACUUUUUCCCAGAGGAUGAAGAAAAACAACCCGAAAGCACAGAAAUUUAUGAUGAUUUAGAAAACUCACAUAUAUCAGAAAUAUCAUUAGAAAUUGAUGAUUUAAAGAAAAAUAGAGAAACAAAAGAUUUUUUAGAAGAAAUUCUUGAACUGGACCUUGUGACAGAAAGUGGAAUAAUUAGUGAUCCACUUGUUUUGAAUAACAACAACGUGACUUUUAAUGUUAAAAUAGAAAAAAGUCAUCAUAAUUUUGAUUUAAGUAACUGUUCUAAUUAUAAUAAUCAGAAAAUUAAACGGAUUAAGAGGAGAUUACACGAUUGUGCGAUGGAAGAAGAUAAUCAUCAUAAUAUUUUCAUAAAAUAUAGCGAUUUGUUGAAAAAGCUAGCGGCUGACAUACGAAGUUUACGACUGAACGAAAAAUUUCACUGUGGUUCUACCAUAGUAAAUUCCAUGGAAAAAACAUUUUUCUGUUAUUAUUAUUUUAUUGUACUUUUAGGUACGCACUUUCUAUUUUAA